AUGGCGUCGCCGGCCGUCAGCCCCGAUUCAUCCUCCCACGAAGCCCUCUCCUCCGUCAACUCAGCCCCAGCGUGUUCGCCCACCUCCGACUCGGAAAACCUCAGCCCCGAUGAACUGGAGCUGCUGGCAAAGCUGGAGGAGCAAAAUCGGCUGCUGGAGGCCGACUCCAAAUCGAUGCGCUCCAUGAACGGCUCCCGAAGGAACAGCGGUUCCUCCUUGGUCUCCAGCUCCUCAGCCUCCUCCAACCUCAGCCACCUCGAGGAAGACACCUGGAUCCUCUGGGGCCGCAUCGUCAACGAGUGGGACGAGUGGCGGAAGAAGAAAGAAAAGCUGCUGAAGGAGCUCAUCCGCAAAGGGAUCCCCCACCACUUCCGCGCCAUCGUCUGGCAGCUGCUCUGCAGUGCCACCGACAUGCCCGUCAAAAACCAAUACUCGGAGCUGCUCAAGAUGUCCUCUCCCUGCGAGAAACUCAUCCGACGGGAUAUCGCCCGCACCUACCCGGAGCACGAGUUCUUCAAGGGACAGGACAGCCUGGGCCAAGAGGUGCUUUUCAACGUCAUGAAGGCCUAUUCACUGGUGGACCGGGAGGUCGGAUACUGCCAGGGUAGUGCCUUCAUCGUGGGACUGCUGCUCAUGCAGAUGCCCGAGGAAGAGGCUUUCUGUGUGUUCGUGAGGCUGAUGCAGGAAUACCGCUUACGGGAGCUCUUCAAACCCAGCAUGGCCGAGCUGGGGCUCUGCAUCUACCAGUUUGAGUACAUGCUGCAGGAACAGCUGCCGGAGCUGAACAUCCACUUCCGCUCGCAGAGCUUCCUCACCUCCAUGUACGCCUCGUCCUGGUUCCUCACCCUCUUCCUCACCACCUUCCCUCUUCCCGUGGCCACGCGCGUCUUCGACAUCUUCAUGUACGAGGGGCUGGAGAUCGUCUUCCGCGUGGGGAUGGCACUGCUCCAGUUCAAUCAGGCUGAGCUCGUCCAGCUCGACAUGGAGGGCAUGUCCCAGUACUUCCAGAAGGUGAUUCCUCACCAAUUCGACAGCUGUCCCGACAAACUCAUCCUCAAGGCCUUCCAGGUCAAGUACAACCCCAAGAAGAUGAAGAGGCUGGAGAAGGAGUAUGCAGCCAUCAAGAACAAAGAGAUGGAGGAACAGAUCGAGAUCAAGCGCCUCCGCACCGAGAACCGCCUGCUAAAGCAGCGCAUCGAAACCCUGGAGAAGGAGAGCGCGGCUCUCGCCGACAAGGUCAUCCAG